CUCAGGCCGGAGACUUUGGUUGUGGUUGUGACAGCGCAGUGGGCGGGAUUUUACCUCAGAUCAGGGGAGAGAGUCUAGUCUUUGGUGAGACUGAGGGGGAGUUAAGGAGAGAAAGGGACCUGGGGUGCUCUUCAGAGAACGGAAUCUGCAUGCAUGGUGAUCUCCGGCUCUGUGGGUGAUCCUCAGUCACCAUGAAAGACUAGGGACUCAGCUCUCCAAGGGAAAUGGGUUGUUUUGUAAUACCCCUACCCAGCUACCUGGCGUAUGACUCCAGCUGCCUGUGAAGGGCCUGUCUGCUGUUUAUGGGAACUAUCACUGUGUUCGCAAAAUUGAGGAUUUAAGCUUUUCCAGGACAACACCUUUUUCUUGACCCCCGCUGUCGAGUCAAAGCAGCAGCGCUUUGCAAUAGACUGGGGAGGCAGUAACAAUGGCGAACAACUCGUACAGUGGGGUGAAGAACUCCAUGGUGGAGGCCAACCAUGAUGGAGAGUUCGGCUGCUCACUCAAAGAACUGCGCUCCUUAAUGGAACUGAGAGGCGCCGAGGCGAUAAGCAAAAUUGGGGAAACUUAUGGGGAUAUUCAAGGACUCUGCAACCGGUUAAAAACGUCACCUAUAGAUGGUCUAAGUGGACAGCCUGCAGACAUUGAGAAGCGGAAAACAGUGUUUGGGCAAAAUUUUAUACCGCCCAAAAAGCCCAAAACUUUCUUACAGUUAGUGUGGGAGGCGCUACAGGAUGUCACACUGAUUAUCCUAGAAGUGGCAGCCAUAGUUUCACUAGGCCUUUCUUUUUAUAAACCUCCAGAUGCCGAAAGAGAACACUGUGGAAAAGCUGCUGGUGGCGUGGAGGAUGAUAAUGAGGCAGAGGCAGGUUGGAUUGAGGGUGCCGCCAUCCUUCUAUCAGUUAUCUGUGUGGUGCUGGUGACAGCGUUCAAUGACUGGAGUAAAGAGAAGCAGUUUAGGGGCCUCCAGAGUCGCAUUGAGCAGGAACAGAAAUUUACUGUUGUCCGUGGAGGACAAGUUAUCCAAAUUCCUGUUGCUGAGAUUGUGGUCGGCGACAUUGCACAAAUAAAAUAUGGUGACCUCUUGCCUGCUGAUGGAGUCCUCAUCCAGGGCAAUGAUCUGAAGAUCGAUGAGAGCUCACUCACGGGGGAGUCGGACCAUGUCAAGAAAACACAAGAAAAAGAUCCAAUGCUGUUAUCAGGCACCCAUGUAAUGGAAGGCUCAGGGAAAAUGGUGGUCACUGCAGUGGGUGUCAACUCUCAAACUGGAAUUAUCUUCACUUUACUCGGGGGUGGCGAAGAUGAUGACGACGACGAAGAGGAGAAGAAAAAGGAAAAGGAGGAGAAGAAGAAACAGAGAAAAAACAAAAAGCAAGACGGAUCUGUGGAAAAUCGUAAAAAAGCUAAAGCACAGGAUGGUGCUGCAAUGGAAAUGCAGCCUCUGAACAGUGAUGAGGGAGCUGAUGCAGAGGAGAAGAAGAAAGCCAACCUGCCAAAGAAAGAAAAGUCUGUUCUGCAGGGCAAGCUGACCAAACUAGCGGUACAGAUUGGAAAGGCAGGACUGGUGAUGUCAGCCAUCACUGUUAUUAUCCUGGUGGUGCUGUUUGUAGUAGACACUUUCUGGAUCCAGAAUCUGCCCUGGGUCAAGGACUGCACGCCCAUUUACAUCCAGUUCUUUGUGAAGUUCUUCAUCAUUGGUGUCACCGUUCUUGUGGUGGCUGUUCCCGAAGGCCUGCCGCUCGCUGUAACAAUCUCCUUGGCCUACUCUGUUAAGAAAAUGAUGAAAGAUAACAACCUGGUGCGUCACUUGGACGCCUGUGAGACUAUGGGCAACGCUACCGCCAUCUGUUCUGACAAGACUGGUACUCUCACCAUGAACCGCAUGACUGUGGUGCAAGCCUACUUAGCUGAAAAGCACUACAAGAAAGUCCCUGAACCUGAGAACAUCCCCUCCUCCACUUUAGACAUCCUGAUUCUGGGCAUUGCAGUCAACUGCGCCUACACUACAAAGAUCAUGUCUCCAGAGAAAGAAGGGGGUCUGCCACGACAGGUGGGUAACAAGACCGAAUGUGCCUUGCUUGGCUUUUCUACUGACUUAAAACGUGACUACCAGAUUAUCCGCAAUGAGAUUCCCGAGGAAAAACUCUACAAGGUCUACACCUUCAACUCAGUCCGCAAAUCUAUGAGCACUGUCUUGAAGAUGGCCGAUGGCAGCUACCGUAUGUUCAGCAAAGGAGCCUCAGAAAUUCUCUUAAAAAAGUGCUAUAAAAUCCUGACAGCAAAUGGUGAGUCAAAGGUGUUCCGCCCACGAGAUAGAGACGACAUGGUUAAGAAAGUGAUCGAGCCCAUGGCCUCGGAGGGCUUGAGGACCAUCUGCCUUGCAUACAGAGAUUUCUCUGCCGCUGACGGUGAGCCUGACUGGGACAAUGAAAAUGACAUCCUCACUGGACUGACUUGCAUCUGCGUAGUGGGCAUUGAAGACCCUGUGAGACCAGAGGUCCCAGAUGCUAUCAGGAAAUGCCAACGUGCUGGCAUCACAGUACGGAUGGUGACUGGGGACAACAUCAACACAGCCCGAGCCAUCGCUACCAAGUGUGGCAUCCUACAGCCCGGAGAUGACUUCCUCUGCUUGGAGGGAAAAGAGUUCAAUCGCAGGAUACGCAAUGAAAAAGGAGAGAUUGAACAAGAACGCAUUGACAAGAUCUGGCCCAAACUACGAGUACUGGCUCGCUCUUCCCCCACAGACAAACACACCUUAGUAAAAGGUAUUAUUGACAGCACAGUCAUAGAGCAGAGACAAGUAGUAGCAGUGACAGGAGAUGGUACAAAUGAUGGUCCUGCUUUGAAGAAAGCUGAUGUUGGCUUUGCCAUGGGUAUUGCUGGGACAGAUGUCGCCAAGGAGGCAUCCGACAUCAUUCUGACUGAUGACAACUUUUCCAGCAUUGUCAAAGCUGUCAUGUGGGGACGAAACGUGUACGACAGCAUCUCCAAGUUCCUCCAGUUUCAGCUAACUGUCAAUGUGGUGGCUGUCAUCGUAGCAUUUACAGGAGCCUGCAUCACACAGGACUCUCCACUGAAGGCAGUACAGAUGUUAUGGGUCAACCUGAUUAUGGACACCUUCGCCUCACUAGCUCUGGCCACAGAGCCCCCCACAGAAGCCCUGCUGCUAAGGAAGCCAUAUGGCCGCAACAAGCCUCUUAUCUCUCGCACUAUGAUGAAGAACAUCCUGGGUCAGGGAGUGUACCAGCUAAUCAUCAUCUUUACACUGCUCUUUGCUGGAGAGAAAAUGUUUGACAUUGACAGCGGCAGGAAUGCACCGCUCCACGCGCCCCCCUCAGAACACUACACCAUUGUCUUCAAUACCUUUGUAAUGAUGCAACUUUUCAAUGAGAUCAACGCCCGAAAGAUCCACGGUGAAAGGAACGUCUUCGAUGGCAUCUUCAACAACCUUAUCUUCUGUAGUAUUGUAUUUGGUACCUUCAUUAUCCAGAUUGUCAUAGUGCAGUUCGGAGGGAAACCAUUCAGCUGCGUGGCUCUGACCAUUGACCAGUGGUUGUGGUGCACUUUCUUAGGCUUUGGCUCCCUUCUAUGGGGACAGGUAAUCUCCUCAAUACCCACCAGCCGCUUAAAAUUCUUGAAAACAGCAGGCCACGGCACCCAGAAAGAGGAGAUUCCAGAUGAGGAGCUGGAGGAGCUGGAGGACAUGGAUGAGAUUGACCACGCUGAACGGGAGCUGCGCCGAGGCCAGAUCCUCUGGUUCCGAGGCCUCAAUCGCAUCCAAACUCAGAUGGAUGUAGUGAGUGCGUUCCAGAGUGGAACUUCCUUUCAGGGGGCUCUAAGGCGGCAGGCCUCCAACUCCAGCCAACAACAGCACGAUAUCCGGGUGGUGAAUGCAUUCCGCAGCUCCAUCUCCCUCUAUGAGGGGCUGGAGAAGCCCGAGUCGCGAACAUCAAUCCACAACUUCAUGACCCACCCCGAGUUUCGGAUAGAGGACUCUGAGCCCCAUAUUCCCCUCAUAGACGACACUGACGCGGAGGACGAUGCUCCCACCAAGCGCAACUCCGCCAGCCCCCGCAACGCUACACCCACGCCGCCCUCGCCCUCACCUGCCACCACCGCCGCCCCCACCACGCCGGUCUCUCCCUCCCCAAACCAGAACAAUAACGCUGUGGAGAGCAGUAACCACCUCCUCCCAGAGGGCCCCAAAUCAGGAAACCCCUCAGCCCCAGGGAGCCCACUACACAGCCUGGAGACCUCCCUUUGAUCUGAUCCCGCUCCACACGUCACCACCUCUUUUCUACCCGCCACCAAGGAGCUCAACUCAGACAAAACGAAGGAACACUUGGAGAGGAGAGACGAAGGGCUAGACGGAGAGCGGAGUCUUGUGUGAGCUUGGCUUGGGCUGGACUAAAAGAACAGCAGACAUUCAGAGGAAUGUAUGGCUUGGUGUGGAUUCUUUGGUCUUCUUUUAUUUUUUUUGGUUCUUAUUAAUACCCCGCUGCAACACAAGGACUGUCUUCACCCCUCCCUCCAUUUGUUUUUCUCGGUAACAAGGGGUGAUUAUAAACUCAGAUUGAAAGUGACCUGUUUUUAUUAUUCUAUUAUUAUUACUAUUAUUUUAAUUGAGAAGGGGAGGUCCUCCUCCUGGCUUGAAGAUCGUCUGUAAGAAUUUUGAAAGAACCUUUAGCUUCUCUUUUAUCUGAAUGGUGUUGUAUAUUUAUCUCUUUGGCCCUUGCUCAUUCAAAACUUAUUUCUGCUCCAUCGGCUGUUAAUAUUUUGAGUUAUUUAUGUUUUUGGAAAAAGCAGGUCUGUUUACAAAGUUUGUAGAUACUUUUUUUUCUGUUUGUAGGCAAAAGAGCUUCCUGAUGUAUGAUGCAGAAAACCGGGACAGAAUAAAAAAUGAAUGAGAGGAUUAUUUCAGAUACUGCUGUAUUUUCAGGAAAAAAGGGUGUUUCUAUUGAAACUUAACUAUUUUUGCCUGCAAGUUUUAUUUGUUAUAUAUUUGUAGAUAAAUAUAGAACCUUCUAGCCAAACCGAUAAACACUAAGGCUUGUAUAGAAAAGAGGUCCAUCGGACAAGGUGUUUCCACAGGCGACGGGGCGGGAAAGACAAUUAGGGCCUCUGUCCACUAACAUUGCUAUAAAUAUUUACUUCUUCCAUUUCUUCGAUAGUUUUCAUGUGCACAAAACCUUCUGGAGUUCUGGAUUCUCUUAUGUUGUGUUCAAGAAUUUCCACAUGUUGAAAGGUUCAGUCAUUAAAGGGAGUGUAGAAAUUACCCAGGCCCGUAUUUAACAAGCAUCUCGCCAGGAGUCGUGCUGGAAGUUGGACGAGGAAACAAAGUUUUGCCUCCGAAGAGUCAGACAUGAGGUCCUUAUGAAGCCUCCUACAGUCUCAGCAAGAAGUAGAAGUUCUCCUUUUAGAUUUGUGGAACCAUAAAAUAUCUUCUUGUGGUAGUUGAUGGAGAUAAUUUCAUGCAGGAAAGAGAAAACAGCUUCACUUGUGGGUGUAUGAGACGCUAAUUUAUGCAUGUUGAGGCUAAAAAUGCUUUUCUUUCUUUCUUUUUUUUACAACUUUAGUUCAAACUAGCGCUGUAUUGUGAGCUACUAAACCAGUGCGUCUAUUUAUUUUUCAGUAAGACGUUCAUAUAGACGAAACAUGAAUGUGCCUUGGCUACUAUAAUAAUUUAGAUGUUCUUGGUCCCAUCAUUUUACCGCCUUCAGGAAACUUCUUACUGAUAAAAUACUUCUACAGCUAAAAACAGGACCAAAUAUGCCUCAUUCUUAACAUUUUGGGUUGGUUAGGACUGAUUUCCUCCCUCUGGAUGCUUGAUAAAUAUGGACCUUGGUCAUCUUUUUUUUUUUUUUUUGAAAAAUGGUGCAUUUUAUUUCUGUUUUUCUCCAUAAAAUGUUAGCCCCCUGCCAAUGUACAAUACUGAUAUUUGUUUACUCAGGCAUAGAAAGAGUAUUUAAUUUAAAAGGAAUCUAUAAAGAAGAGAACCUUUUAACUUCAGACUUUGUGUAUUUAGAUAGCAAAACAUUGUCUUGGUCAAAAAGCAAGUGAAUUAUUUUCAUAUUUCAUUCUCUUUAAGCUCACACUAAAAUUUCAUUUUACUCCUCCGAUUUCAGGUUUGUUGGCAUUUUAAAAAUCAAAAAUCAAAUGGGGGGAAAAAAAAUCCUUUCCCCCCCCUUUAACCCUGUCCAUAAGACUCCUUUCACUAUAAAUAAAUGUUGCUGCAUUUGGUUUGUUUGUAAAAUAUUUUUGACACCUGAUGUACUGGAAACGCUAAAGAAUUGGACAUGUGCAUUUUUCAAGAAUAAAGACUAGGCAUACACUGGUAUCUAUCUGCACAGGGUACUUUAUUUCAUAGCGUUCCUUGGGGAAAAAGAAUUUUGAUACAAAUCGUAAUUAAAAAAAAUGUACCUUUGUAUUUUUAUGACAACACUGAUGAUACCUUUCAUCACACUAAACCAAUUUUGGAUGAUUUGACACCAAUCACGUUACACGGGGAGGGUUUUGGCCACUAAAAAUGUGUUUUGUUCUGGAAUCUUCAUCUCAGGGUGCAAAUGAUGUGAAAGAGAACAGGCCUCUUUUAUUUUGCAUAUUAACACACUUCAUUAAAGGUUUGGGAUGGUGCUUGCCAACCACACAGGAUAAACUCGGGCAGCCGGCUGCAGAUUCUUCCUGCAGACCACCUGGCCGACUUCACCUGUCAGGCCGUGGACAGGGAGGGAGGCGGAGAUGUUAAAUCGCAGCGUUCUCUGAGGGAAUAGUUUGUUUCCUUGUUUUACAGAUGACAAAAUAGCAGCUAGGAUUGCAUACAAAGUGAGAAAUUUGGAAAAAAAAAAAAAAAGGCAAGAGGAAUCCAUGUGAGGAGUUUGUUCUGUAGCUUCUUCCUGUAAUGGGAAUGAAUGUUUUUCCAUCUGUUUUAUGGAUUAUUAUUUUUUUAUCUUUUAACAUUUGGAAAUAAAAGUACUUCAUGUCUGUUUAUCUUGAGCAUUUUAAAUGGAUAUCGUGAUUGGAUUUACAUUUGAAACUUGUCGAGUAAUGUGUAUGGUUUUUAAAAAUAAAAAAUGUAUUUAGCCUAA